AUGUCAUCGGCUGCUACCCGAUUUGCUAGCCUUCCGGAGAUGCUAAAUAAUCUUUCUUAUUCUAUAAUAAACCGAGAUUUACUACGCAACCUUUGCUUAGUUAACAAGCGCUUCAAGUCAGCUUUCGCUCCUUCCUUGUAUGAAGAAGUGUGGUUCCGCGCGCAUAAUACUUCGUUUUUGAUGGAAAAGCUUCCGCUACUUUUGGGUAAUCAGGCCUUGCGAUACACUCAAAAGAUUGACCUUGCUAUUUCACUACAUAGUCGGAAAAGUGAUGAGCAAGGUAAAGGGGUCUUGUGUGACUUUUAUAACCAAAGCAUACAAGCUCUAUUAUCUAAAAUGCCCCAAUUGAAUUGUUUCCGUUGGGAAUAUGUACCUUUAUAUACUACUACCCUAGCAACUCUUCAACAAAACUGUCCAAAUUUAAGAACGCUAGUUAUACAUCAUCCAGAAGACAUCGAGGAAAUACUAGGGAUUAGCUACGAUUUUAAUUGGGAUCAUGAUCUUAAAGAGAGAAGACCGCUGUUUGCAUUUCAAGAUUUGGGCGUUUUGUCGGGUUUAACAACGAUUGAGGUUUCGAACAUUCAUGGAGAUCUUGAAAUUACACGAAAAGGUCUUGUACAGACCUUACUCAAUUCGCCGAGUUUGAAAACCUUGGCUCUGUCGAUAAGCGGCUUCACAGUAUUCCGACUAUGGAAGGUCAAUACAAGGUUUUCAUGUCAGCAAUACCAGAACUUUCUGGACCAACUAUGCAGAGACUUUUUUGACGCUGGUGGAAAACCACUACAGCUGCAAAAGCUCGUUCUGGGGCUUAGUAUAAUCCCAUGGGGAUCUGGGGAUUGCCUUAGACGGUUAACAAAUCUGGUAUGUUUAGAAGAUGUUUAUAUCUUUAACGAAGAAUACGAGACGGCACUUACUUUCUCGGAUGAUGAUGACUAUAUCGCAUGGUCUCUCCUCACUCCAGAGAAUUGUCCAAACUUAACUAACGUUGGUGCUUAUCGACUUACGAAGAGUGUGGAAAGAUGGAUCGGAAGUCUGACUGAGGGAUUUAUAAAACAGUUCAACACUGAGUGGGCUACUGAAGAAGGUGUGGCUGCCUUGAAGUGGGACACCGACGAUACACAAACAAGAUCUGCAGCUAAGCUAAGGUCGUUGACUUUCAACGUGAAUAUCACAUGGGACAUGUCGGACUUGGAACAAUUGCCUGUUGUGAAUGUGGAAAAGCUUCAAGCGCUGUCGGCUGUUAUUGUACACAGCACGCCCGAGCACCAAACGGGGAUCCUUGAGUGGCUCAGCAGAGCAAAAGAUCUCGAACAGUUGUUUUUCGCCGAACGCUGCUGUGCUAAUAUCCCUGCCAACACCAACAGUCAGCCAGAUAACGAGGGAUUUGAAUAUAAGCUUGCUCGUCAGUGCAAGAAGCUACGUUACCUCAGAUUAGACCAGAAUGCCUGGCGUAUUACAAGAUAUGACCCUGCGGCAAGUGGACUUGAUAUUCAGUUUGAACGGCUAGAUCGCUUUGAGACACGGCUUAUAGAAGAAUUUCAGCCCAGGAUGAUAUUCAGAGAAGAUUGGUGA